AGCAUGCCCAGGUGGCUUGACGGUGACCUCAAUAUCUCUCUCCUCCCUUAGUUUUGAUGUGAUACAUUCCAACUUCUAUUGAUGCAAUCAUGCUUCCCGCGCACCAGGCAGCAUAGAUCUUAACUCAGACAUAACCUCAAGAUGGCGUCGCAUUCUUUCGAUAACACUAGGUAUACACCAAGACCUAACAAUAUACCGUCGAGUUCGGUCAGCAGUUGCAGAGAUGGCGAUAUUGCCAUUAUUGGCUUCUCCUUGCUUUUCCCACAAGCUGACUCCACAGAAAGCUUUUGGGACAUUCUGGUCUCUGGUAGAUGUGUAGCUUCUGAGUUUCCCCAUGAUAGGUUCUGUAACAUCAAGCACCAUGAGAAUGGUAACGAUCAUAUUAGGACUAUUCGCCCUCAGAGGGCCUCUUUCCUGCACAGGGAUAUUCGUGCGUUCGAUGCUCGAUUCUUCGGAAUGACUCCAGAGGAGUCAACAGGAACCGAUCCGCAACAAAGGAUCCUACUUGAGACUACCUAUCACGCUCUUGAGAAUGCCGGAAUCCCUGUGGAGAGCCUUAGCGGCUCGGACACGGCCGUGUUUACUGGCUGCUUCACCGCUGACUACACCUUGAAUUCCGCAAAAGACCCAGAGUAUUUACCGAAAUAUGCAGCUACCGGCAUGGCUAGUAGCAUGCUAUCCAACCGGAUCAGCACCUUCUUUGGCUUAACGGGCCCAAGCAUGACAGUUGACACGGCCUGCUCAAGCAGCCUAGUUGCCUUGGACUUAGCAUGUCAGUCCAUCAGGAAUGGCCAAUCAAAAAUAGCUAUCGUGGCCGGCUGUAACCUCUUAUUAGCACCGGACCUAUUCAUGAGCCUUUCAAGCCUUGGCUUCCUUUCGCCAGACGGCAUCUGCCAUAGCUUUGACGCCCAAGCAAACGGUUAUGGCCGAGGAGAAGGCUUUGGUGUUAUAAUAAUAAAAGAUGUCGAUUUGGCUAUCCAAGAUAAUGAUACGAUGCGUGCGGUCAUCAGGGCCACAGGCACCAAUCAGAAUGGCCGUACGAACCUUGCACAGCCAAGCAAGGAGAUGCAAAAGCAGCUCAUAGAGAACACGUAUUGUAAAGCUGGCCUCGAUCUGUCCCAAACCCGAUAUUUCGAAGCUCAUGGCACCGGAACAGCGACGGGCGAUCCGUUAGAAGCAAUGGCAAUUGGUGAUACGUUUCGUCCUAGAAGAAACCCAAAUGACCCAUUAGUAAUAGGCGCUCUUAAGGCUAAUAUCGGUCACCUCGAAGGGGCGGCGGGGAUCGCCGGCGUAAUAAAGACGAUUCUGGUGUUGGAAAGGGGGGUUAUACCUCCCAUUGCUGGACUUGAUAACCUGAACGAGAGCGUUGAUGCAGACUUUCUCAAUCUCAAGUUUCCCAAGACCCCAAUGUCGUGGCCACGCCCAGGGCUACGUCGUGCCAGUAUAAACAGCUUCGGAUUUGGGGGAACAAACGCCCAUGUAGUCCUAGACGAUGCUUUCCAUUACCUAGAAGCUCACGGAUUGGUUGGAAAUCAUCUCACGACCGUACCUUGCAAACCAGAGCUAGAAACUUGCGGACCGACUUACAGACCAGUUAGCAGUACUACUAACAUCUUCGAUGAGAGACCGAUGCUCUUUGUCUGGUCCGCGACCGACCAACGGGCUACAUUGAGUAUGCUGGAAUCUUAUCAGAAGCGUCUUGGUAUGAUCGUGGAUCAAAGUACUCAGGAGGACCUGAGAGCGUUAGCGCACACUCUUGCCAAAAGACGCAGCCUCCUACCCUGGAGAGCUUUUGCGGUCGCAGAUUCUAUCCCUCAUCUUAUUAGGCAGUUGCAAACUGCGCCAACGCCCAUUCUAUCCCUUCCCAAAAGGAGAGCAGCAUUUGUCUUUACAGGACAGGGGGCGCAAUGGGCCGGUAUGGGUAAAGAGUUGAUCUCGUAUCCUAUCUUUCGAGAGUCCCUCCAAGAGGCGGACAAGUUUCUUCAAACUGUUCAUUCGAAUUGGAAAGCGACCGAUAUCCUAUUUCAGAGAGACGGAUGUACGGCAAACAUUAAUGAACCUCGAUAUGCGCAACCCCUCUGCACAAUUCUACAAGUCGCACUGGUAGAUCUGUUGGGGUCAUUCGGCUUCCACCCUACUGUUUGUGUUGGUCAUUCCAGUGGAGAAAUUGCAGCCGCAUACUCAGUCGGAGCCAUCUCUCGUCAAUCUGCUUGGAAAAUUGCCUAUCACCGCGGCGUUCUGUCUAGUGAGCUUGCAGAGUCUCCGGCAGAAGACCACAGUUAUGCGGGUGCCAUGAUGGCUGUUGGGACAUCUGAAACCACCCUGCUCCCGUAUCUCGACGACAUUCAUAGAAGUAUGGGACAGGGUGUAGUCUCUAUAGCAUGUUUCAACAGCCCAAAUAGCGUGACUCUUGCCGGUGAUAGGUCGGGCAUUCAGCAUAUUCAAUCCAACUUGGAAAGGGACGGAAUAUUCUGUCGGAUAUUGAAUGUGCCAGUCGCCUAUCAUAGCCAAUACAUGACUAGUAUCGCUUCAGAAUAUAGGCGACUUAUCGGCUGCAUUGAAGAAGGGAAAGCAUUACCGUAUUAUGCUAACAUGGUAUCCUCAGUGACAGGAGACCUUAUCUCGGUAGACGAACUUCGGAAACCAGAGUACUGGGUAACGAACAUGGUUUCGCCGGUAACCUUCAGCGAUGCAAUCCAACGAUUGUAUCAUGACUCUGCUAGGCAAUUGAACAAAAAGCUAGACUUGAGCCAUCGCGGCAUUCUCAAAAUAUCCGAUAUAGUUGAAAUAGGUCCACAUCGCACUCUACAGGGCGCAAUCCGGGAUAUAGGCAGGUCAGCUGCCGCCCAGAGUCCAAAAAUCUCAUACUUCUCUACAUUGGUGAGGGGGAAAUCAGCCAAUAGCACCCUGCUUGAGUUGGCAGGAAACCUCCAUUGCAUCGGCUUCGAUGUUGACUUAGCAUCUGUCAACUCCACGGGCGGGAUGAUACAUGACCUACAUCAGCAAAUAGCCACACUCCCGGAGUACCCCUUUGACCAUUCGCAGCAAUACUGGAGCGAGUCACGUAUUUCCAAGAGUAUGAGACUUCCGCCGUAUCCUAGACACGAACUCUUGGGAACCCCAGUAGCGGAUUGGAAUCCAUUGGAGCCGUGUUGGCGGAAUUCUAUCAAAGCCUCUGCGUCGGCUGAAUGGUUUGAAGGUCAUCAGAUAAACGGAGAAAUACUGUAUCCUGCAGCAGGUAUGGUCGUAAUGGCAAUCGAAGCUAUUACCCAAGUAUCUAAGGGUCAUGCCAUUGCGAGAUACGAACUAAGGGAUGUUCAUUUCCGUUCGACUCUCCCGAUACCUCAGAACGAUAAUGCCGUGGAACUACAGUUUCGACUCAAACUUUCCGAAGAUGCUUCUGAUAAAUCAGGAUCCUGGGCCUCAUUUUCUCUAUUUUCCUGUAAAACUAGUUUUGUGGAAAUAUGUCGAGGAGCUAUCAAAGUCGCACUCGCUAGCAGCGACUCGACCAUCAACGAUAUAGAGCGUGGCCAACAAAUUAACUAUAUUAAUGAUCUCAUCGCUUCUGUCAAAGUGUCGCAUGAGAUCGAGCUACACUCGGAAGACUUUUAUGCGGCUUUCCGCAGGAAUGGGUACCAGUAUGGCACAUUUUUCCAAGGAGUCCAGCACUCACUAAGAGACGCUUGCGACCAAGCAACAGCGGACGUCCUAGUACGAAGUCCUUUGCUUGACACUCUUGCUGAAGACUUAUCCGUAAUACACCCCUCCACUCUGGACAGUAUUCUCCAGCUAGCUGUUGCGAGAGACCCCCAGGGGAGCGGAAACGAUACAGUUGCAACAUGGUUACCAACUUAUAUUACCAGACUAUCCAUUUCAGUUCCCAACUCGAAGCGUAUUGAACAAGGGGAUAUCAUACACGCCUAUACCAAACGACGUAACAUGAGCAGUCGUCAAAUAAACUCCAUUAUAUACGCCAUAGAUGGACAACAAAGUGGAUGGGUCUUGGAGGCAGAAGGCAUCGAGGCCACUCUCGUUACAGACAGCGUACAAACAAAUGAUCCGCCAGCUCAUCCCUUUCAAGCAAGAAGGCUAUGCUAUGAUCUCAUCUACAGGCCCGACCUUGACCUCAUUGAUCCUGAAUUGUGGUCAAGAUGGAUGCAAGAGAGUAGACAAAGCAAUCUCAGGACACUUGGUUUCUACCAUAGGCUAAAAUUGUUUGUACUGGCGUCGAUAACUAGAGUGUUGAGUCAAUUUGGUCAAUAUUCCAUCCCUGAAAGCAAACAACAUCUCAUAAGACAUCAUGAUUGGAUUCAAAGGAAGGUUUCUUCAGCCAUGAAGCGGCCACCACUCGGCAUACCUCAGGAUUGGAUGAGGUUCACCGACUAUCUCUUGUUCCAAAAGCUGAGAAUAUACCUCGAAAUGCAUAGCCGUCUUGGCGAGGCAUAUGUCAACUUUGACCGGCACCUCGUGAACAUACUCAGGGGGGCGGAAGAUGCCGAGCAAGUGCUCAGCCGAGAGACUAUCAUCCGGGAGUAUUCCACGUUGUUUUCUGAUAGUAACCACCCGUUGUAUCAGUAUAUUGAUGCCAUCGCACACAAGGACCCAAAUAUGAAGAUGAUCGGAGUAGGAACUCAUAUUGGUUCAGUCGCAAAAGCCAUUCUACGGGUACUAACACGACAGACAUCUAACGGACCAUUUUGCCGAUUCUCACAUUUCGAUAUUGGAAGCUCAUCCAAAUCAGAAGCAGAAACGAUCGCCGCCGAGAUUGGCACAUUACCAAAAACUCAAAUUCAAUGCUUCAAUCUCGAGGAGGAGCCAGCUGCACAGGGAUAUGAAGAAUAUUCUUAUGACUUGGUCGUCGCCGUGAAUGUUCCUCACUCUCCAUGCCCAUUGCGUAACUCAUUAAGAACGCUGAGAAAACUUCUACGAGAUGGUGGGAAGUUGAUUAUUAUUGACUUCUCCAACCCAGACUCAUUGGUUGGCCAUUCAAUAUUCGGGUUCUUUCCCGAAUGGUGGGAAGACGAGCAACUACUGAAGCAGCAUGGACAUUAUACGGUAGAAGCUCAUUGGUCUCAACAGCUAAAAGGGGCUGGGUUUACUGGUGUUGAUCUCAACAUCCACAACUUCGAACCAGUAGAGGACCAAUUCCCAAGUGUCUUCAUAUCCUCCACUGCCAGUGCUCUAGGGACCCCUGGAAAAUACGAGCUCGAUACGAAAAAGUCUGUGCUGAUCAUUAGUGGCUUCAAUACGCCAUCAGGAUCACCACUAGUAAAGUUGGUUUCUGCGGCGCUACGAGACAUCUGCACCGCAGAUACUUUCGUGGCCAGCUUCGACGUUAUACCUGCACUUCAGGAUUUCGAGUCGGAAAUAAUUAUCAUCGUUCAGGAUGGGAAGUGGCUAUCACUCCAACACAUGGACCCCCAACAAUACGCACUGUUUCACCAAAUCGUCAGCAGAUGCAAAUAUGUCAUGUGGCUAUCGGAAAUACAGCCCACAGUAGAUGAGGUUCCUGCGAUAAACUUGGUUCACGGCCUAGCCCGCACUCUACGUAUGGAAAACCAGGGGCGCAUCUUUGCAACGGUCGGGGCCGACACCUCCCAAGUCGCCGUUCUGCCCCUGAAUAUUGAGCGAUCUCUCCACAACUUUCUUCGUGGUGUUGAUACUGGGUCCUAUGAGCCUGAGUUGGUUCAGAUUGGUGAACUACUUCAUAUUCCUCGUGUUUACGAGAACGAUGAAUUGAACCAGAAGGUCCAUGAACUCUCGCACAAGGCGCUUGAAAGGCGCCGCUGCUUCGGGGAGCAGAACCUUCAACUAAGAGUGCGACAACCUGGCCUAUUGGACACGCUAUACUUCGAGGAAGUCCCAGACUAUGGCCCUCUUGCUAGUGAUGAAAUUGAAAUUGAAGUAAAGGCGAUAGGUAUCAACUUCAAAGACUGUCUGGUGGCCUUGGGACGUGUUUCCGAAGAUUCAAUUGGAUGUGAGUGUGCCGGUACAGUUCUCAAGGCGGGCUCCGAAUGCCAUUUACAACCAGAUGAUCACGUUCUCGCAUGUGCUCCGCAUACAUUCCGAGGUCGUCUUCGAUGCCGAGAGAUAUUGGCGACGAAGAUCCCACAGGGGAUGACGUUCGUCGAUGCCAGUGCACUGGCAGCAAAUUUCACCACUGCAUAUCAUUCGCUUGUUAUGGUUGCGAGGAUUGCUCCUGGAGAGUCAGUCCUCAUCCACUCUGGUGCUGGCGGAACAGGCCAAGCCGCAAUUCAGAUAGCCAAGUUGUACGGCGCUCGAGUGUUUACGACGGUAGGCUCUUUGAAGAAAAAGCAGCUGCUAAACGAACUGUAUGAUAUUCCCCUGGACCACAUCCUCAAUAGCCGGGACCUCUCGUUCGCCGCUGGUGUCAAACGUCUCACGCAGAAUAGGGGGGUUGACGUUGUCCUCAACUCCUUAGCUGGCGAUGCCCUAAUUUAUUCAUGGGAAUGUGUCGCUCCUUUCGGAAGAUUCAUUGAAAUCGGAAAAAAGGAUAUAUUCUCUCACAACAGGCUCCCGAUGUACCAAUUUGCUCGCAAUGUUUCCUUCAGUGCUGUAGAUAUAGCGGCUAUGAUGCUAGAGAGACCAGAGUUCGUACGGGAUUCUUUAAGAUCUGUUAUUGAUCUUUUCAACAGCAAGCUCUUACGCUCGCCAUCGCCAGUGAAGUCAUUUGCUAUAUCGCAAGUGGAAUCUGCCUUCCGUCACCUACAAAGCGGUAAUAGCUUCGGGAAAGUAGUCGUUGAGGUUAACCCAAACGAGACUGUCUCUGCUGUAGUUAAGCAUACAUCGAAGUGGCAGUUCAGCUCAAAUGAGACAUUCGUAAUUGCGGGUGGCCUUGGUGGACAAGGUCGAAGCAUCUCGAAGUGGAUGGUUUCAAAGGGUGCUCGAAGUCUUGUCUUGCUUUCUCGCUCGGGACCAAAGGACAAGGAAUCGAUAUCUUUUAUACAGGGACUGAAGCGAAAGGGGGUGGAUGUCUAUAGCCCCAAGUGCGACAUCGCCGAUGCUGCCUCCUUAGAUGCAUCAUUGAGUUAUUGCAAACAGAGCAUGCCACCUAUCAAGGGCUGUAUUCAAGCGGCAAUGGAUAUAAAGGACUCCAUCUUCCAGAACAUGAGCUAUGAAUCUUGGACUGCAUCAUUGAAGCCGAAGAUACUUGGCUCAUGGAACCUACAUCAACAACUUCCACGAGAUUUGGAUUUCUUCAUCAUGUUCUCGUCAGUAUCUGGUAUAAUUGGUUCGCAAGGGCAGGCAAAUUAUGCCGUGGGCAAUACGUUCCAGGAUGGACUAUGUGAAUAUCGACUGAUCCAUGGAGAGAAGGCCACAUCUCUCAACCUUGGUAUAUUAACCGACGAUGGAUACGUUGCGCAGAAUCAAGAAGCACUGAUCCGCUUUUCUAAAAUCAAGAACAUCUCAACCAUGGCCGAGAGUGAAGUUAUUUCGAUGCUCGAACAUUUCUGCAACAAAUCUCUUCCGGUCGAUUCUAAGCACCGUCAAACUGUUCUAGGCCUCGAAGUGCCGGCUGAUAUAAUCAAUCGGGGUAUGGAGCCAGCGGCUUGGACGCAUGAACCAAUGUUCGCCAACCUUCAUCAGAUGGCCGCGUCAACUGCCGGUGCUAACAAUGUUGAUCCCGUAAGGAACACUGGCCCGAGCUUGGCUGAUCAGAUUAACGCCUCGCAGUCGUCAGUCGUGGCAUCGGGCAUUUUGGCAAAUGCCCUAGCAAACAAGCUCAGCGCAAUUAUUUCUGUCCCUCGAGAAGAUAUUAAUCUUAACCAAGCCUUGCACGCAUAUGGGGUCGACUCCCUCAUUGCCGUGGAACUGAGAAAUUGGUUCGCCAAGGCGCUCAAAGUCGAUAUCACUGUCUUCGAAAUCCUGAGUGGUGCUACGGCUACGAUGCUUGGCCAAGCAGCAGCAGAAAAACUACGACAAUGGGAUUGAUUGAAGUACGCCGUAGACACAGAAGGGCUUGUUGCCUCGACACUGACCACCGAAUAUUCAGUAGUGGCACAUAUAGAUCCAAAGAGGUUCGAGAUAUGGCAGACCGACAGGUAGUGAUCGCAUAUCAGGCGAUGAUGAGCCCCCAGUGGUGAAGUUUGAUAUUUUAGGAAGAGGACUUUCGGUCAUAAGCAUAUUGAGCUAGUCCCAUAUCUUGUAUACUAGAGCUUAUCACGUCCCCAUACCCUCAGAGGCUCAUUCACAAUCUAUCAGAUGUAUUACCCGGCAUAAGAGUGGGGCUGGAGUAUCUCAUAAUUGAUCGGUUCCAAGGUUAUCAUGAACACUGUUUCUAAAACAGUGCUUCCUUACAUUUUCAGAUAACUCUGUGUAGACGUUCUGGAGAUUCUGGAGAUUACAUAAUUUCGGUGGCAAAUACUACAAUACGAAGUGGAAGCAUUUAUACCUAGGCCAGUAUAUGAUACCCC